CGGACGCGGCCGGCAGGAGGCGCGCUGGGUCUGGUUGGCGACAGCGGCGGCUGCGCCAUUGGCGGGUAGGAAAUGCCGCCAGAUGGCGGUUUAGGAUUGCGGCUCUACUGAGGUGCGGCCCCCGGCACCGCCGCUUGUUCGUUCCGGCCCGGCUUGGCCCCGGCCCGCCUGGACCCUUCUCCCGUGGCACCGUAGGAUUCCCGGGGGCGCUGGCCCAGCUGAGGCUGGAUUUGGAGAUUUCUUGAAAAUAAUUACGAGAUUGGCUGAUAAAGACGUCACCACAAGAUACUCGUUGGGUUUUAAAACAUAGUGGCCUACAUCAUGAUUACUUCAGAGUUACCAGUCUUACAGGAUUCUACAAAUGAAACUACUGCACAUUCAGAUGCUGGUAGUGAACUGGAAGAAACUGAACUGAAGGGGAAAAGAAAACGCGGUCGUCCUGGCAGACCUCCAUCUGCCAAUAAGAAGCCUCGAAAGACUCCAGCAGAAAAAUUCCGUUCUGAAACUGGAAUAAGAGGAACAGGUCGAGGAAGAGCUAAUGGUCACCCCCAGCAAAAUGGAGAAGGGGAACCUGUCACUUUGUUUGAGGUGGUGAAGUUGGGCAAAAGUGCUAUGCAGUCUGUAGUGGAUGACUGGAUUGAAUCAUAUAAACAAGAUAGGGACAUAGCACUUCUGGAUUUAAUCAACUUCUUCAUCCAGUGUUCAGGAUGCCGAGGCACUGUAAGGAUUGAGAUGUUUAGGAACAUGCAGAAUGCAGAAAUAAUCAGGAAAAUGACGGAAGAAUUUGAUGAGGACAGUGGUGAUUACCCACUUACGAUGCCUGGGCCACAGUGGAAAAAAUUUCGAUCAAAUUUUUGUGAAUUCAUAGGAGUUCUAAUACGACAAUGUCAGUACAGCAUCAUUUAUGAUGAAUAUAUGAUGGACACAGUGAUCUCACUUCUGACUGGUUUGUCAGAUUCACAGGUCCGAGCUUUUAGGCAUACCAGUACACUUGCUGCUAUGAAGCUUAUGACUGCUCUUGUGAAUGUUGCCUUAAACCUGAGUAUUCAUCAGGAUAAUACACAGAGGCAGUAUGAAGCUGAGAGAAACAAAAUGAUUGGUAAAAGAGCCAAUGAAAGACUGGAGCUUCUCCUUCAGAAACGAAAAGAGCUGCAAGAAAAUCAGGAUGAAAUUGAAAAUAUGAUGAAUUCUAUUUUCAAGGGUAUAUUUGUCCAUAGAUAUCGUGAUGCUAUUGCUGAGAUUAGAGCUGUUUGUAUUGAAGAAAUCGGAGUAUGGAUGAAAAUGUACAGUGAUGCCUUCCUGAAUGAUAGUUAUUUAAAAUAUGUUGGUUGGACGCUUCAUGACAGACAAGGCGAAGUGAGGUUGAAGUGUCUGAAAGCUUUGCAGAGUUUGUACACCAACAGAGAGUUGUUCCCCAAAUUGGAGCUAUUUACGAAUAGAUUUAAGGAUCGCAUUGUAUCAAUGACACUUGAUAAGGAAUAUGAUGUUGCUGUAGAAGCCAUUCGAUUAGUCACAUUAAUACUUCAUGGAAGUGAAGAAGCUUUGUCCAAUGAAGACUGUGAGAAUGUUUAUCAUUUGGUGUAUUCUGCACAUCGGCCUGUUGCAGUUGCAGCAGGGGAAUUCCUUCACAAAAAACUGUUUAGUCGGCAUGACCCUCAAGCAGAAGAAGCACUAGCCAAAAGGAGAGGACGGAACAGUCCAAAUGGGAAUCUUAUUAGAAUGCUCGUUCUUUUUUUUCUUGAAAGCGAGUUGCAUGAACACGCAGCUUACUUGGUGGACAGUUUAUGGGAGAGCUCCCAAGAAUUGUUAAAAGACUGGGAAUGCAUGACAGAAUUGCUGCUGGAAGAACCUGUCCAAGGUGAAGAAGCGAUGUCUGAUCGGCAGGAAAGUGCACUUAUAGAGCUGAUGGUAUGUACCAUUCGACAAGCCGCAGAAGCACAUCCUCCAGUGGGCAGGGGAACUGGGAAGAGGGUUUUAACAGCAAAAGAAAGAAAAACUCAGAUAGAUGAUCGAAACAAACUAACAGAACACUUCAUUAUUGCACUUCCCAUGCUACUGUCAAAGUAUUCUGCUGAUGCUGAAAAGGUAGCAAACCUUCUUCAAAUUCCUCAGUUUUUUGACUUGGAAAUUUACAGUACAGGAAGAAUGGAAAAGCAUUUGGAUGCCUUGUUGAAACAGAUUAAAUUCGUUGUAGAAAAGCAUGUGGAAUCAGAUGUUCUUGAAGCCUGCAGCAAAACAUAUAGCAUUCUGUGCAGUGAAGAAUAUACCAUUCAGAACAGAGUUGACAUAGCUCACAGCCAGCUCAUUGAUGAGUUUGUGGACCGAUUCAACCAUUCUGUAGAGGAUUUGCUAAACGAGGGAGAAGAAGCCGAUGAUGAUGACAUAUACAACGUUCUCUCCACUUUAAAGAGGUUAACGUCUUUCCACAAUGCUCACGAUCUUACAAAAUGGGAUUUGUUUAGUAACUGCUACAGGUUACUGAGGACUGGAAUUGAACAUGGAGCUAUGCCAGAACAGAUAGUGGUGCAGGCUCUUCAGUGUUCCCAUUAUUCUAUUCUCUGGCAGCUGGUAAAGAUAACAGAAGGAUCUCCUUCAAAAGAAGAUUUGUUGGUGUUGAGGAAAACAGUGAAAUCAUUUCUGGCUGUUUGCCAACAGUGUCUAUCAAAUGUAAACACUCCAGUCAAAGAAGAGGCUUUCAUGCUGCUCUGUGAUCUGUUGAUGAUUUUUAGCCACCAGCUGAUGAGUGGAGGCAGGGAGGGUCUUCAACCUUUGGUGUUUAAUCCAGAUUCAGGUCUCCAGUCUGAACUCCUUAGCUUUGUAAUGGACCAUGUCUUCAUUGACCAGGAUGAUGAGAACCAGAGCAUGGAGGGAGAUGAAGAGGAUGAAGCUAAUAAAAUUGAAGCUUUACACAAGAGAAGAAACCUUUUGGCUGCCUUUAGCAAACUUAUAAUUUAUGACAUUGUAGACAUGCAUGCAGCAGCUGAUAUCUUCAAACAUUAUAUGAAGUACUACAAUGACUAUGGGGAUAUAAUUAAGGAGACAUUGAGUAAAACAAGGCAAAUUGAUAAAAUUCAGUGUGCAAAAACCCUCAUUCUCAGUUUGCAGCAGCUGUUUAACGAACUUGUUCAAGAGCAAGGUCCUAACUUGGACAGGACAUCAGCCCAUGUCAGUGGGAUUAAGGAGUUGGCCCGAAGGUUUGCUCUUACUUUUGGCCUGGACCAGAUCAAGACGAGAGAGGCUGUAGCCACGUUACACAAAGAUGGCAUAGAAUUUGCUUUUAAAUAUCAGAAUCAGAAAGGCCAAGAAUAUCCUCCUCCUAACCUUGCUUUCUUGGAAGUGCUUAGUGAAUUUUCUUCUAAACUCCUGCGGCAGGACAAAAAGACAGUUCACACUUACCUGGAGAAGUUCCUAACAGAACAGAUGAUGGAGAGGAGGGAAGAUGUAUGGCUUCCACUGAUUUCCUACAGAAAUUCAUUAGUUACAGGUGGGGAAGAUGAUAGGAUGUCCGUAAAUAGUGGGAGCAGUAGCAGCAAAGCCUCUUCAGUGAGAAAUAAGAAAGGCCGACCUCCGCUUCACAAGAAAAGAGUUGAGGAUGAGAAUAUUGAAGGCUCCUGGCUGAAUAGAAAUGACAGCAUCCAAACUCCAGGUGCUCUACAGACUCCACAACUCACAUCAACGGUGCUGAGAGAGAACACUCGGCAAAUUGGGGAGCAAAUUCAGGAACACGAGUCAGAACCUGGAUCUGAGCAGGAUUUUUUGCACAAUCCUCAGAUGCAGAUAUCUUGGCUGGGCCAACAGAAAUUAGAAGACUUAAGUCGAAAGGACAGGACGGGAAUGAGCUACAUGAAAGGACGAAGUGGUGUAAGGCAUGCAGUGCGGGGUCUAAUGGAGGAUGAUGCUGAGCCCAUCUUUGAAGAUGUAAUGAUGUCUUCACGAGGCCAGUUAGAGGACAUGAAUGAAGAAUUUGAAGACACCAUGGUCAUUGAUCUGCCCCCUUCAAGAAACAGACGAGAAAGAGCUGAAUUGAGGCCAGAUUUCUUUGACUCCGCAGCUAUCAUUGAAGAUGAUUCGGGAUUUGGAAUGCCAAUGUUCUGAAGUCUGGCGAAGACACUAUACAAAUGUGGAACUCUGUUCUUUAGAGCUCAAGGCCUAUAUACUGUGAUAGCUUAUAUGAAAACCACAUUUUUGAUGUGAUUUGGUUUGAUUUUUAACCAAAUUAUUAAGGUCAUUUCCUUUUUGUAAUGAGAGAGAAGAGGAGCUUCUUAAUGAAACAAGGAAUAUUGGCCAGUCACCUCAGAAAGGCUGACCUACAAAUCAUUUGUUUCCCUGUCCUUGACAGUCCUAAUGCAGGUUUUUUUCCUGGAUGGGGAGAAGCUUUUAAAUUAAAACAGUUAAAAAAUAAACACUGUUCUACACAUUUUCAGAAAACAUUGAAUGAAAACAAAACUUUUUAACUUUAUUUUUCUGCUGUACAACUUCAAAAUGUUUUAACAUUUGCCUUUUUAUGUUUUAGAAGCUAGCCAUUUUAUUAAAUUUAUGCCUGUCAGCCAUUGACCAGCAGUGAUGCUAUCAGCAGGCCAUCCUGGCUGGAGAAGUGUUGUUAAACGCACUGGAUGUGACUAGCAGUAUGGUACACUUCUAGAUCCUCUCUGACCAUUGAGAGUGGAACACUCUUGCAAAAGAGGCUAGAAGUCAGGUGUAUGCAUCUCUGCCAAAAAGUCAGAUUCUGAAAAGAAAAAAUCCCCAGAUUUUAUACUUCUGAGAAGAUUUAUUUUUUAUUUAUAAGAGGGCAUAAAAUAAGAGAUGUCCAUAAGCCACUUUUCCAACAGACGCUGUGUAACAUUCAUUUUAUAUAGCACUAGGGGAACACACAAACAGCACAUUUUCUAUUGGUACUUGUUCUGUGCAUUUUUAGCAACUUAUACCAGCAAAUAAAAUAUUCUCAGAAAAACAAACCAGUGGUUCUAAAGUAAUCUAUUUGCUGUUUCUACUACCUAUUUCAUGGCCUGUCAGAUCUGAGGUACAAAAGCAGCAACUUUCCUGAGGAAUGCAAAUCACCGGGUGGGGUGGUGGGAGGAGGGAGACAGAAGUCACACUUGCAUUUUCAAAGCAAUUUUAACUGUACCAUAGAGAAGUGUCUAACUUUCCAUGCCGUAAAUACCCUUUUGUGCUAUUUUUGUAAAUUAAUUUUGCCAGUUAGAUUUACUGUAUGUGCUGCAUAGAAACUUGUGCUUAGAUGGUGACGUUCUUAAGCUUACAAUGGAAUACAGCUACAUUCUCAGUGUUAACUGUGCAUUAUUAAGAGUAAUUAUUAAAUGAUUUUCUAAAAAGCAGAACAAUCCAAAAAACAAUCAGCUAAUUAUUUGUUCUAAGAUAUUUUCAGUGUCUUCAAUGAUCUGGACUUUCACUCUGCUUUGAUAUUAUGAUUCUUCCUGGUAGCUGCUAAUGUAGUUAAAGGACUGAUUUUGUUCCUCGGAGGUGAGCACAGCUCCUGUUAAUAAGAACAUUUGUAAAAAUGAGGCCAAACUAGUCUUCUUUUUGGAGUUUAAAUGUUAGUGUGCUUUAAAGCAAAUCUAAAUUGACCCAGUUCUAAUAUACCUGCUUCAGAGGUGUUUUUUUGAUAGCAGUUGCAAAAUAACUCUGACCUACCUCCCAUAAAGGUCCUUUUAUUGAAUUCAAGGUGCAUCCAAUGCUUACUUGCCUUUUGGGAGACAAAGACACCAUUUAAAUCAAAUCAUUUAGUUGGGAUUUCCCCUCCUAAAAAUUGUACAGUACUCAAAUUUUGGUUGCCAAAAACAUCUAAUAAUUCAAGCAAGGCAGUUGUUUAGGAAUUGAAAAGUUGCUAAAGUCACUGAGUUGGUGCUUCAGGGCAAAGUACAAGUUCUCCCAAAACAGUGGACACAAAUGGUGCAGUAGCACAUCAGUGUAGUGGGCAGAGUGGCAUAGCUGCUGGUGGUUUAAAUCCAUCAGAGACAAACCUUGUGCUCCACAGCCCUUCAUAUGGAAAAUUGAAUUUUAAUUGAUCCUUAUAGAAUUCUGUAAAACAAAAGCCGUUUACAAGUAAGUUACCUCCAAUGGGUUUCCAGUUCAGUUUGCGGUCAAUAGGUUUUUAAAAAUGUGUCUCCUUGAUUGGUUUUGCUAGUAAUUCUGUAAAUUGUACAUUUACAAUUUGAGGUUUUUUCCUUUUGUACAAUUUAAAACUGAUGCUUCACUUUUCCUUUAAUAAACUCCUCAAAAUCA